GUAAGAAACCAUCGCAGCUAACAUCGGACCCGUCGAAAGUCCGACGAUUCAGCAUCAAUAACUCCUCAACCGUAGACCUCGUUUUCCUUCUUCUUCCUCCAAUCCCCUGCAACUGCAACCUCUCUCUCUCUCUCUUCUCCAUUUGCUGCGAAGAAAAAAGUGGGGGAAAGAAACGAAGAAGCAGAUCGAUCGGGGAACGAGAGAACGGGCACGGACGAUGACUUCGUCGAAUGGGGGGAGCUACAACUACACGAUGUUCAAGUACUUCAACCGGAAGUUCAAGAUCACCGAGAUCGAGCCCCCCCAGGACGUGAAGGAGGCCUUCCUCAGGUUCUCCGACGGCGGGCCCCAAAUGGGCAAGGACCAGCUGCGGCGGUUCUUGGUGGAGCAGCAGGGCGAGCCGGGCGCCGCCGACGCCGACGCCGCCGCCGCCGCCGCCGCCGCCGCGUCGGAGGCGGAGCGCGUGGUGGAGCAGGUCCUCCACACCAAAUUCCACCUGGUCCCCGACCACGAGCAGGGCCUCACGCUCGACGAUUUCUUCCGGUACCUGCUCCGCGACGAUCUCAAUGGCCCAAUCUCGUGCCAGGUGCACCAUGAUAUGACUGCGCCCUUGUCAGAUUAUUUCAUAUACACAGGGCACAAUUCCUACCUCACCGGGAACCAGCUGAGCAGUGACUGCAGCGACGCCCCUAUUAUACGAGCUUUGCAGAGAGGUGUGAGAGUGAUUGAACUCGACAUGUGGCCCAACUCCGACAAAGAUGACAUCCUUAUUCUUCACGGGAGGACACUAACGAGUCCCGUCACGCUUGUCAAGUGUUUGAAGUCCAUAAAAGAGUAUGCCUUCGUUAAAUCACCGUACCCGGUUAUAAUCACUUUGGAAGACCAUCUUACACCAGAACUCCAGGCGAAAGUUGCGGAGAUGGCCACUGAAAUAUUCGGGGAUACAUUGUACUUCCCGACAGAAGAAUGCUUAGCAGAAUUCCCUUCACCAGAGUCACUUAAGAACCGGAUCAUCAUUUCGACCAAACCGCCGAAAGAGUUUCUUGAAUCUAAAAGCUCAAAGGAUAAGUCUUCAUCUUCACCGACUGGUACACAUUCAUCUGAAGACGAAGCUGGGGGAAAGGAAACACCUGACUCUGCAUCUGAGUUUGAUUGCGAUUCUAGGAGUGGGAGCGAUCAAGAUUGUGAAGACACAAAUGCCAGCCAGAGACAUGAAUACAGACGCCUAAUCACAAUACACGCAGGGAAACCAAAGGGUAGCUUGAAGGAGGCGUUAAGAGUUUCAGAAGAUAAAGUUAGGCGUCUAAGUUUGAGCGAACAGGAACUUGAGAAAGCUACUUCAUCUCAUGGCACUGAUUUGGUGAGGUUUACUCAAAGGAACAUUUUAAGAGUGUAUCCCAAAGGAACAAGAGUCACUUCCUCAAAUUACAAUCCCCAUGUCGGUUGGAUGCACGGUGCUCAAAUGGUCGCAUUUAAUAUGCAGGGACACGGGAAAUCGCUCUGGAAGAUGCACGGAAUGUUCAGAGCCAAUGGAGUGUGUGGUUACGUGAAAAAGCCUGAGUUUUUGAUGCGGCAGGGUCCUAACAAGGAAGUACACGAUCCGAAAAGAGAGCACAUUGUAAAGAAGACGUUGAAGGUCAAGGUAUAUAUGGGGGACGGAUGGAACUUGGAAUUUAGCCCAACGCACUUCGACACUUUUUCGCCUCCAGACUUCUACACAAAGGUGCACAUCGUUGGAGUGCCAGCCGAUAAUGCCAAGAAGAAGACGAGGAUCAUCGAAGACAACUGGUUUCCUAUUUGGGACGAAGAGUUCGAAUUCCCGCUGUGCGUACCUGAGCUGGCCUUGCUUCGGAUUGUCGUAAGAGAAUACGACAGGUCCGAGAAGGACGAUUUCGGCGGGCAGACAUGUCUUCCCAUAUCGGAGCUAAAGACCGGAUUCCGCGCGAUCCCGUUGUACGAUAAGAAGGGAGAGAAGUACAAAUCCGUGAAGCUUCUGAUGCGAUUUCAAUUUGUAUGAUCAGAUUAGCAGAAAAAACCUAUCCCAUCCCAUCAUCAUGGGCUAGAUUAUAUCGCAUUUGCAUUGUCGUGCAGAAGGAAGAUGUCAUGUAGGGAUUUCUCAUCUGCAGUUGCGUUGAAUGACGAUGACACAUCAUGUCAUAGAGAAAGUCGCGAAUUCACGCCUGUUCAUUGUACAUGUUUAGCUUAAUUUCGAAGUUAAUGGGUGGUUCAAAGAUGGUGACUUGUUUCGUGACCUUGCAAAAA